UCGCGGCAGAGUUGCAUCAUCAUUGCAAAGUUGAAGGAGCCCUAAAAAGCAAAGCACUCCGCUCCAUGUCAUUCAAACCCGACGUGGUCUAUUAAAAGUAUCGCCUUGCUGGUGACUGAACUUCUACUAUUUAUGAAGCCCCGGGCUAGCCAUUGCCGAGAACACAGUGACCGGGAAAAGAAUUGAAGAAUAAUAACGCGAGAAGAACCGGUGCGUAAAACCAGAGGAAUAAUGGGCCUCUCACAAACGCUACUCUUUUACGUGCUGGUGUGCGUUCACCUUGGAGUUUCCCAGCAUUACCUUCGCCUCCGUCCAUCGCCCAGUGAUCACCUCCCUGUGCCCGACCUUAAGGAGGACCCCGACCCGGAGUAUGACCCCCGGGAGCAGGACUUGACCGAGAGGACUCUGAGGAAAAAGCUCGGCAGUAACUUUGACCCUAACUUCAUGUCCAUCACCUCUCCCAUCAUAUUGAACUUCUCCGAGCCGGACAACCAGGUAAAGCUGCAGGGGCCCAUGCCUAACGAGAUUAAAAAGCUGGACCUCACAGAGACCCCCUAUGGAGGUCGGAUAAAAGUGGGAAAGAAAGCCCGCAGGAAAUUUCUGCAGUGGCUGUGGACCUAUACGCACUGCCCAGUGGUGCACACCUGGAAGGAUUUGGGCGUGAGGUUCUGGCCACGUUACAUCAAGGAGGGAAACUGUUUCUCUGAGCGCUCUUGCUCCUUCCCUGAGGGGAUGUCUUGCAAACCCGCCAAGUCAAUCAACAAGAUUUUCCUCCGGUGGUAUUGUCAAGGGUUUCUAAGACAGAAAUACUGUACGUGGAUACAGGUGCAAUACCCAAUCAUCUCAGAGUGCAAGUGUUCGUGCUGAUUUUCUCUAAGGAAGUCGAGGGGGGAGUGGACUGGAAAUACGGUUUCUAUUGCACUGUUAACUCUCUACAGAGGUGGGCACCAUAGAAAAUCUAUUUUUUUAUAUAGCAUUUUAAGUGAAAUACCAACAUUGUACAUAUUUAAGAAAAAUGCAGCUAUUUUUUUCUAAUUGAACCAGGACCAUAUUUUAUUCUCAACCCUGAAACGUGUUUUGGGGGGAACACGAGCACUUCAUAAGGAAGAGCUUUUUUUUUGAUAUUUUUAUGAGACAUUGAAGAUGCAUAUGCUACACUUCUCCAAGAGGUGAACUUUUUCUUCAACUGAACAUUGAUGCGGACUGUUAUUUCACUGCAAUGCUGCCUAGAGUUUUUGUAUAAUAUUAAUAUCAAUAAUAAUUAAAUUGUAAAAAAAAAAAAGUUGAGGUUAAAGAUAUAUAUAUAAAGGCGUGAACUCAGCUUUUUUUGGAAUACAUAGUAUUGUAGAAAUAAACAAAUCUGUACGUUUUAUUUAUUAUUUUAACGAUUGUGAGUAUAGAGCAUAAGGAAAGAGAAUAGCAGAGUAUACCAGAAAAAAAUA